CGGCACACGUUCGGCCAUUCAGUCGCCGUCCAGACCUAAAAGCGGUGAGACCGUCGCUGGCCCUGCCUUCAUAUCACCAGGACAAAACGCCACAGAAAUGGCUUCAAACACUGCAUCAACACCUGAUGUUACCUCGUGGUGGUUUCGCCGGGUACUGGGUCCUGACCUAAUUAAAUGCUCCUCAAUUCCUGCGGAACACAACGAAACAAAGAGAGAGCUCGGUGUCAGAGCUGUAGAAUCAGCGAUGUUAUCAACAGUAACAAAGGCUGCUUGCGAAGUUAUUGGACUGUUCUUUACACCCGUCAGCUUAUGUGUGGAUGAAGGAAAUACCGAAGAAUUUACAUCGAAGCUCGUGAAUUUAUACGACCGCGUUAAUUAUUGUGGCGAUGUGUGUAGUGGCAGUGAAUGUUACGAUAAUAAGACAGAUGAAGUUCCAAUAACAAAAUCAACAGCUGAUGAGCAAAAGAACGAAGAUAACUGUAAUGAGAGACUGCAGUCUUCGAAACACAGAGCGAAAACGAGAAGAUUAGAAGUGGUACAUAUCGUUUUACCAGGUGGUGGUAACACGAGUGCUCUUGGUACAAAUUUGGUGUUCGAACCUGGUUCCGACAGCACAUGUAUGUUGGAUGAAGCUGCUUUCAGAAAAGUCGUCAAAGAUUUACCGUGGUUCGCCAUCCCGCACAGAGAUGUUCACAGAACGGUAAGAUUGAGUCGCCGCUACAGGGCACAAGUUGGGGGGCCAACUCUGGUGCUCCUGGAAGGCGCAACAGGGCGCCUCAUCACCAGAAACGGUUGUGAGAGGUUGAACGAGGAUCCUACUGGCGCCUUGUUUCCUUGGACACCGCGCGCACUCACAGAGGUGCUCAGGGAGGCCGGGUCGUACCUUCCUGGUGGAAAAAGGGCCGCUUCCAAGUUGUCAGCAUCCGACAGCGAAGUUAGGUACUCCGAGUUGGACGGUCUAGUCAAAGGAAUAUAUUUCUCGGCGCACUGGUGUCCGCCCUGCAAAGCAUUCACGCCCCAACUCAUCGAGACGUACAGCAAAGCGCGGGCGAAAGGGCAUAAUUUCGAGGUGAUUUUCGUCAGCUCUGACAGGAGCGAGGAGUCAUUCACACUGUACCUGAGCACAAUGCCGUGGUUAGCUGUGCCUUGGGAACAGGAAGACAGGCGUCGCGAACUGGCGGCUCUACUCGGCGUCCAGGGCAUCCCGACGCUAGUUCUACUUGACGCCGACGGCAGCGUCAUUACAGCGGACGGACGGGGCGAAGUGAAUGAGGAUCCACUAGGGGAGAACUUUCCAUGGCGACCAAAGCUCGUUAACAUAUUGACAGAGAGGUAUGCUGGUAAACUGCACGACUACCCAGCAAUCAUCCUGUUUGUUGAGGGAGAAGAAGGGGAGAUGGAAUUUGCAGAAUCUGUUUUGCUGCCUGCCGCAGAGCAAUUUGCCAUGGUGACAGACAGCAAUCGCCGGGAUGAGGACCGACUGCUGCAUUUCUUCGUGGGCUGUGAUUGUGAGACGAGUGACCUGCUACGAGAAUUUGUGGGUCUGGACGACGCGGUGCCGUUACUGACGGCCAUCGACAUCCCAGGAGGGCAGCUGAGUGUCAUGGAAGACGGCGCUGAGAUCACAGAGCACAGUGUUACCACCUUUGUGACAAGGUUCCUAGAUGGAAACCUCCCAUCAUCGGACAUAACCGCAAACAACAUUCACAUGGCAGCAGGGGCCAUGAGCAUGAUCUAAACGCGUCAAAAGGGAAUCUAGGCACAUUCAAUGAAUAUACACAAAAGCACACAACCCAAAGAUGAUGAUGAACAAAGGCAGAGGUUCUCAGCCACAGGUUUCAAAUCAGUAUGAGAUCAUAAAACAUUACAGAAACUAACAAUUGGCAUCAAAUUUGUAGUUGUAAUUAAUUUUCCACACAGAAGAAAUUAAAAAGUCCCACUUGCUGCGAAGUUUAUUAUUCAUGUCAAUAUCUUGUUUUUAAUUACAACAGUUUCAAUUUCUUAACAGGCUUAAAGAGUUGACACUGAGCUUUGGCUUACAUUUCGAAAUGUUUUCAGACACGUGAGCCAAAGAAUGAAUAUUUUUAAUCUAUUUAACUUUUAAAAGAUCACUCCAAUGCCUGAUUUUUAUUUAAAAACUAUUUUUAUCAUAUUUCUGCAAUAAUCUGCAGUAUUCAUCGUUAAAGAGGCAAAUAUAUUUAAUUUUAAUUCAUAAAGAUGUCCAGCGAUUCUAUGAAUACAAAAUCAGAGCGGUCCCAUAUUGCUUGAUCCAUUACAUUGCUCCUGAGCCGUGUCAAUACGGGUCGAUCAAAAUGCCCAUCUCGGGACGUUCUUCAUCUGCAAUGUGUUAUUACUCACUCCCAAACUGUUUCUAUUUGUCAGUUUUAUUUGAAAUGGUACACAUAAAACAAAAAAUUACAUGACUGAAAAGCACGCUUUAAAAUUCUAUUAUGAUUUGGUGUAUCAAUGAACACGCUUUCACAUAGACAUGGUCGAUAAAUACACUAAUGACAUUACUAAUAAUAUAAACAGUCCAAGUAAUUAUGAUGAUGAUACAUUUGAAUUGAGAAAGUCAAUUAAAAUAGUUAAAAACAUCCAAUCAAAAACAGGGCUACUUUCUACAGCACAGUUCAGAUUUGUACGUGCAGUCGAUGUUAAUGCAGGAGCAUCGGCGCACAGUCAACUGUCUUUCAUACAACACAAAUCUUAAUUUUUCUCCAUUCAACUUUUUAUUGUCAUUUAUCCCUCGGUCCCUAGCCCCUACUGACAAAGUGGACUCAACCUCUGAAUAAAGCGUCGAGACACAGAACCUUCGACAUUACCAACAAAAAUGGCUUUGUUGCUCUGUAGAACAUGUAGAGACUUUGCAUGUAGCGCAGUGAUUAUGCAAUGUUUAUGCUGUUCAAUUUCUAAUGUUUUAACAUAUCAAUAAAGUAAAAGCAAUACCUCGUA